CACAGCGCAGGGAGGGGGGUGCACAGCGCAGGAGGUGUACGGUACGAGGAAGUGUGAGGCUGCAGUGCCCAGCACAUACUGCAGCCAGUAGAAACUGUGGGAAGUUUUGGGAGUUUCCCAUCUCCACUACAACAGAGGAGCAGCACAUCUGCGGGCUGUCAUCUCAGCUCGGGGACGGGACCAGCUGACACCAGAGAACACCAGCUGCAGGUCACAGCCAGGAGUUGACCAGCUGACACCAGAGAACACCAGCUGCAGGACACGUCCAGCACAGCAGAGACAAACUGUUGUCGCCGCCAUGAAGGCCACACAACCCGAGAGGACGCCGCUGUUCAAGAAGGAGUCCAGCGGCUGUGUGUAUCGGAUCCCCUCCCUCAUCUACAUCACAGGGGAGAACGUGUUCCUGGCAUUCGCAGAGAAGCGUAAGAGCGAGAGCGAUGAUGAGGCAGAGAGCGUGGUGAUGAGGAGAGGGAUCUACAAGACCGGAUAUGUGUCUUGGGAAGGUCUCCAAAGUUUACACGACAUCUGCCUGACAAAUCACCGUAUGAUUAACCCCUGUCCGGUUUAUGAAGAUGUCACCAAGACUCUGUUCCUCUUCUUCAACUGCAUUCCCAGCGGGGUGACUGAAGAACGCAUGAGAAAGUGGGGGAACUGCUCCAAGCUGUGUUACUCCACCAGUAAGGACUGCGGGAAGACAUGGAGUAGCUCCACAGACAUCACAGACGUGACGAGCAGCAUCAGGAAUCUGGCCACUUUCUUUGUGUCUCCUGGUCAUGGCAUCCAGACCCAAUGUGGGAAACUCGUGGUCCCAGCCUAUGUGUAUGUCGCCAAAUUUUGGUUCAUACGCUGGUGGUCCACCAAAGCCAAAGCUUUUUAUAUCUACAGUGAGGACCAAGGCAACCGGUGGAGUAUAUCAGAACGGAUCGAAAAACACGAGUGCGGCGAAUCUCAACUUGCAGAAAUCGUGUCUGAAGAUGGUCAGAAAAUGCUGUACUGCAACGCACGGAGCCCGUCCAAGAAACGUGUGGAGGCGCUGAUGCUGAACGUCGGAGGGGAAUUUAAGAUAGCUGAAAAAAGUCGCAAAUUAAAGGAGUCUGAGAAGGGUGGGUGCUCCGGCAGUGUUUUGGGUUUCCCAGGUCUGGAACAACCAGGACAAGAGCGCCGCCACUGGCUGCUCUUCUCACACCCGACAAAGAAAGACCGCAGAGAUCUUGGCAUCUAUCUGAACAAGUCACCGCUUAUGUCUGAGGCCUGGUCCAAGCCAUGGGUCAUUCAUGAUGGCCCGUCUGCAUACUCGGAUCUCGCUGAUAUUAAGGACGCGAAUACCUUUGCAAUGCUGUUUGAAAGUGGAGCUGAGACGCCUUAUGAGGAGAUCAACUUUUGUCUCUUUACUGUGGAAGAUGUCUUAGAAAAUAUCAACAAGAAGAAAAGCUUGUUUGCCCUAUUCAGGAAGUGACAAGAACCAAAUGACGUUCCAACCUAAAAUCAAAAAUCCCUAAAAAAAUACAAAAACUGGAGCCUCCCCUUACUGUCAAGUAGUAAGAAAGUCUCUUCAGAUAUUUUAUAACUUAAAUCAGUUCCUUGGAAAGCUGAGGGAAAACCAACAUGGCCGCCCUUUUUAACAGGGAUGCCCCCCACUUAGGUUAUUUCAAGACAUCUUGAGUUAAUACAAUUAAUUGGAAUCAUAUUCCCUCAGGACGUCUACCUAUUUAUCUCCUUCAGUGAUUUAGACCUUCUAAAUAAACACAGACCUUCAACAGGCCCCUUAAAUAAACUUUGACCCCAGAUGCGAUCCUUAUCUAAAUAUAGACCCUUGACCAGACCCUCUAAAUACAAAACCCAGACCAGACCCAGAGAAUAAAUACUCCAGGCCAGACAUCUACCUAAAAUACAGACCCCCAGAUCAGACCCAUAAAUAGCAAAAACUCCAGACCAGACCCCUAAACAACUACAGAUCCUAAACUAGACCCCUAAAUAACUACAGACUCUAGACCAGAUCCCUAAAAAAAUUACAGAUUCUAGACUUGACCCCUAAGUAACUACAGACCCCAGUCCAGGCCUCUAAAUAACUACAGACUCUAGACCAGACCCCCAAAUAACUGCAGACCCCAGACCAGACCCCUAAAGAGAUACAGACUCUAGACCAGACCACUAAAUAUCUACAUACAAUAGACUAGACUCUUAAAUGAUUACAGACCCCUAAAUAAUUGCAGACCCUAGACCAGACCCCUAAAUAACUAUAGACUCCAGAGAAGAUCCCUAAAUAACUACAGACCCUAGACCAGACCUCUACAUAACUACCGACCCGAGACCAGACCAGACCCCUAAAUAACUACUGACUCUAGAUAAGACCACUAAAUAACUACAGACCCUAGACCAGACUCCUAAAUAACUGUAGACCCCAGACUAGACCCCUAAAUAACUGCAAACCCCGACCAGACCCCUAAAUAACUACAGACCCCAGACCAGACCCCUAAAUAACUACAGACCCCAGACCAGACCCCUAAAUAACUACAGACCCCAGACCAGACCCCUAAAUAACUACAGACCCCAGACCAGACCCCUAAAUAACUACAGACCCCAGACCAAACCUCUAAAUAACUACAGACCCCUAAAUAACUACAGAUUCUAGACCAGACCCCUAAAUAGCUACAGACCCAAGACCAGACCCAUAAAUAAUUACAGACCCCCAGACCAGACCCCUAAAUAGCAACAGAUCCUAGACCAGACCCCUAAAUAACUGCAGACUAUAGAGAAGACACCUAAAUAAAUUGACCCUAGACUAGACCUCUAAAUAACUACAGACUCUAGACUAGACCUCUAAAUAACUAUAGACCCAGACCCCUCAAUAAUUGUAGAUCCUAGACCAGACUCCUAAAUAAGUAGACCAUACACCAGACCCCUAAAUAACUACAGACUGUAGAGCAGAUGCCUAAUAAAAAAAUAAAA